ACAGUGUUUCAAAUACCAUCAAAUUACAAGAUAUCGUGGAACACAAUUCCCGUGUCUUUUUUUUUUAAGACGAAACUAACUUAAUGAUGACCAUACAAAAAUCAUGGAUAAGAGACACGAACAUUACGUCACAAGAGCUAUUGCAUAUGAUCUUCUCUGAUACAUUUGCACGAUGCUUCAAUCUCUAAUGAGUUUACGACGUUCUUUGAAAAAACCAACUUAGACAUUUGGAUAAUCAAACCGCCCUUUUUUUUCGUAUUGUAAAACUACCCAUCAUAUUCGGUUCCUUCCAAGUAUGGUUCGAUUGUCUAUACAUUUUUACAUUUUCGUUACACAUGAAAAUCAAAUGAUCAAACACUCCAUUGUAAGAUAAUAAGGCUUGAGAGAGAGAGAGAGAGAGAGAGAGAGAGAGAUGUGCAGAAAAGGAAGUGAAUGGGCGAAGGGAAAGGGCAAUCAGCUUGGUGCAGAGAGCUCUCUCAACUGCUACACGUAGAUGCCGUAAGCAGUAGAAUGGGAAAUCCAACCCACACGCCACCUCUCUCUCUCUCUCUCUCUCUCUCUCUCUCUCUCUCUCGUGUAAUCGUACUCGUAUUGAAACCUUCUUCACAUUUGAGACUCUUCAAUCUAGAUUUGUGCAUUCCAGUCCUUUUGAUAUCGAGACUAUAGGUCAUGACACUCGUGAUGGAUUAAGAUGAGUCAAUAAGGUAUAAAUUGUCUUGUUUGCAAACACAAAACAAGAAUUCAACGGUUGGAUUGAGACAAUUAGAAUUAUCUCAUGUUGCAUCAAUUUGAAUUGACAGGAGAGAAAGAACUAGUGUUUUGAAAUGAUGCAUCAAUUGUGCAAUGAAACAAAUAAGAUAAAUCGUCUCAUUUCAUAAAUUCAUCAUCCAAACGACCCCAUAAUUCGUCUUUUGUUCCAUUAGGAUAGUCUGAAAAGCGAUCACCAAAUGAGCUGUGCUACUUGCCAACGUGAAGGGGUAUAAGACAACGAAACUAACGUGCAUACAAACAUUUCAAUAUUGCAACAUCUCUUAGAGAACGAUGCUAUCAUCCUAAUUUUACAUCACAAAUGUUGUGAUGUGUGAGCACAAGCCUGGUUGACAAUUCACUUGCACAUUGCUUCUAACCAGCAUAUCCAUCCAUCUGGAGCCCACGACGAUCAUGACUGAGUCUUUAUGCAUCUUCGAAAACUAACUAAUCCACAAUUAUAUCUCGACAUUGUUGUGAAUGGUGAUAAAUGAGCUAUCACCUGUUGGUGUGAAACAUGAUUUGUAUAGAUGAAAACUACACAUGUUUUGAUAAAUUGUCUUACUUUUGCCGAAAAAUGGUCAUAUAAUCGACGUGGCAAAAGAUUUCCGCCUAACUUAUCAAAACAUUAGAACUUCGAGGUCAAAAAUGACAAUUGAAGUUUAUACAUGUACUGAUACAUCACAUCUUUUCUUUUUCGAGGGGCUCCAAAAAUUAUGUUCGGGAACUAACAGCGUCGGGGAAAGAAAGAAAGAAAGAGUUACAGAAGAGAGAGGCCCUCUUUCACGUCAUUCAAAGCCGCGUUCUUCACUUCCUCCUUACCUGUAAGUGGCCCUCUCUCUCUCUUCCUCCCAGCACGCAUCUCUUUAUAAUUUGUUUUCCCUCUCCGCCUUCCUCUGUUUGUCUUGGUUCCGCAGCUUUCCCCUUAUGAUGAUCUGAGGUAAAAGAAAAGGAAAAAACAAAAUAUCUUUCGCUUUCUUUUUCUAGGUUUUCUUCUUCUAGGUGUUUGUUCGUUUACAAUUCCGUGAACCCUUUGUUGAUUUGUAUCUGUUGAGCUUGGAAAACGGUGAAUUUUACCUGUGCAUUGUAUUUGCUGGAUUGGGUUCGUAGAAUCGGGGAGAUUGGAUUGCAGAACUGGGGGAAAGUUCUGUGCUUUGCUUUCAUUCCUUCGUUCUUUUGUUUCGAUAGGUUUGAAAUCUUGUAUACUCUGUUCGAUGGUAACAAUCCGUUUGUGUGAUUCAAAUUUCUUACCUUUUUGGCUUUCCUUCUGAAUGGAAUGUGAUUUUAGGAGCGGAAUAUGUGCUGCUAUUGCUCAUGUUACUUGUAAUUAUGGUUUUGAUUGGUGCAGUAUCUGGAGGGGUUUGCCGGGUUCUAAUUUUGUGAACUCUUACCUGUUUGUUGAUUUGUUUCAGUGAAGAGGGCUAGUGCUCUUUUGCGCGUGUCCCAUUCUCUUCUCCAAAUCUCUUCCACCUUCCUAAUCCUGCUAACCUACCCAAGUUUUGGGAGUGCUCAACUCUAUCUAAACCAGAAAAAAAAAAAAAAUGGAGGUCAAGCUAUGGAAUGAUAAGCGCGAGCGAGAGAUGUACGAGAACUUCGCCGAGCUCUAUGCCAUAAUCAAGGCGACAGAGAAGCUGGAGAAAGCUUAUGUUCGAGACAUCAUCAACUCAUCUGAUUACGAAACCGAGUGCCAGAAGCUCAUUGCUCAUUUCAAGACCUUGGCUUCUGCUCUGAAGGACACUGUCCCCAGCAUUGAGCGGUUUGCUGACACAUACAAGAUGGACUGCCCGGCUGCUAUAAACCGCUUGGUGACUUCUGGGGUACCUGCCACGGUCGAACACAGGGCUUCUGCUGCUGCCACCGCCACUACCUCGGCUGCAACAGUUGCGGAAUGUGUCCAGAAUUUCAUCACGGCUAUGGAUUCGUUGAAGUUGAAUAUGGUGGCCGUGGACCAGGUGCAUCCUCUAUUGUCAGAUCUCUCGGCUUCACUCAACAAGCUCAGCAUUUUGCCCCCUGACUUUGAAGGGAAGACCAAGAUGAGAGAGUGGAUUUCGAGGCUGUCCAAGAUGGGGGCUUCGGAUGAGUUGACAGAGCAACAGUCUAGACAACUUCACUUCGAUCUCGAGUCCUCGUACAAUUCGUUCAUGGCAGCUUUACCUAGCUCUGGUACUUGAAAAACUGGCUUCCCAGCUGAGCAUAGAAAACCUAUAUGUACAUUAUUCACCAUGAUCUCGUCUGUUUUUCGUGCUCAAUAUUUUUUCCCUUCUUUGAUGUUGAUGCGUUGGGAAGUCGCCAGCCAGACUUCCCAACAGCUUAAUAUGUUUUGCAAAUGCUGCAGGCGAGCUUGGGUUGAGGGAAACAAAGUAUGUUGUACCAAUUCUGGAGUGACUCUUCAUUGUUCUCAUAUUGUUAAUGCUUCAUAUGGGUUUGUUGGUAAAUGUAAUGUCCUAUUGUUCCAACAUUCUUUCAUAUAUUUGUUUUUGGCGAGUUUUUCCUACUUCUUUAUGUAGUACUAAUGUUAGUCCAAUUUAAAUGCGCCAAAAAGAGGGUCCUUUUCGAUCUCAGAAUCUAGGUAACUUAUGAACUGCAGAUAACUGUUUGUGGUCGUUUUCACAGAAUGCAGAUAACUGUCUGCUUUCCUCUUGCACAAUUUGGCUUAGGGCCAACAGUGGAAGAGUCCCCAUUUCUUCUGCAAAUGCAAGAAUGUGCAGCAACUGUUGGAUGAGGCUCUUGUGCGUUUGCAGAGUAAACGAGCCUUCCGUAG